CUCCUACAGACUGGGUCACAGCAUGUGGAUGCAAUGCAAACUCUGCUCAAACAAGUCACUCAAUUAGUAUGUUAUCGCCGUGCACGAUACGGUAGACUGGUCUUUGUUCAAGAGGAACGCAAGGAAGAUUGCUGAACGUUUCUCGCCGGGAAGUUAGUCUUCCUGGUUGAGCCGACACCAAUCGUUUCAGUAUGUUCAAGCGGGGAAAGUGUAACAUUUUAAUGAGUGCAAUUGUGGAAAACGCUUGGUUCUUCGUCGUACGCAACGUCUGUUUGCAGUUGCAAAUUGCAGUUGGCUUCCAAAGGAAAGAAAAUUACAAAGAUUUUUAAAACACCAGCUUGGAUUACGUUAACAGCCCAGAUUGUCUGCUGCCUCCACAUGAACCGGAUGGACCAGGUGGCAGGGCAAUCAUCCGCCACCGCGAUAUUAGAUGAUAAUCCCAACUUUUCCACCGGAGAUAAAAAAGUUGUUCCUGGAGGCGAAAUAAAAACAACUGAUGAACAACAGGACGACUUUACAGAUCCGUUUUGCAAUGCUGAUAAUCCACAGAUAAUUACCUUCCAGGACGUAACCUCAGCUGCCUUUAGAAUAAAGAACGGAAUCGAGUACACGCCUUGUCCGAAAUCCCAUUUGUCCGAAAUGGUCGAUAUGGACAUAUAUCUGAAGAAAGAGUUUUUACAAUUCACCGGAAGUUUCAAAGAACGAGGGGCGCGCUAUGCACUGGUCAUGCUUCCCACGGAACAGCGCAAGAAAGGAGUAAUUUCAGCUUCCUUGGGAAAUCACGCACAAGGUCUUUGCUAUCACGGUUGGAAGCUGGGAAUCCCAGUCACAGUAGUAAUGCCAUCAAAAGCCUCUCUGAUGAAGAUACAGAAGUGCCGUGACUAUCAUGCUAACGUAAUCGUGCAGGGCUCCGACAUGGGUGAGGCAAAAAAGAUUGCGUUGAAAAUGGCACACGAAACGGGUCUAACGUAUAUCAAUGGUUACGAUCAUCCGCACAUCAUGGCCGGCCAGGGCACUAUCGGUCUGGAAAUCGUCGAGCAAGUGAGCAACAUUGAUGCCGUUGUGGUCCCUGUUGGAGGUGGCGGACUGAUUGCAGGAGUGGCAACUGCCAUCAAGAAUUUAAGCCCUCAAACCAAAAUCAUUGGAGUGGAGUCGGAAAAGUGUCCGAGUUUCACAAAGGCACUGGAAAACGAGGCCCCGGUUUACACCCCAAACAAGGAAACACUAGCCGACGGCCUGGCUGUGCCGCAAGUGGGCUACAAUGCAUUCGCUACUACCGUACCACUGUUGGACAAGAUGAUUGUUGUCAAAGAAGAAUGGAUUGCAUUGGCUAUUUUGAGACUGGUCGAGCAGGAAAAAUGCGUUGUAGAGGGGGCCGGUGCUUCGGGUUUAGCAGCGAUACUUGCCGGUCAUUUGGAUGAGUUCAAAGCAAAGAGGGUAGUGCUUCUGAUAUGCGGCGGAAACAUCGACACCACAAUUUUCGGACGGUGCCUUGAACGUGGUCUUGCGGCAGACGGUCGGUUGCAAAGAUUUACAGUAACAGUUAGCGAUGGUCCGGGCGGUGUAUCGAAGCUCUGUAACUUAUUGGCCAAACUUGGUGUUUCCAUUAAGGAUAUAAUGCACGAACGUGCGUUCAUACGAGAUAUCCACAGCGUAGAGGUUAAAGUUGUCUGUGAAACACGUGACUGGAUCCAUUCGCAAGAGAUGCGGAACGCAUUGCAGGAAACAUAUGACAAUGUUUGCUUCUACGACCUACCCAUGGCUAUUUGACAAGGCAGCAAGUAUAUUAGUUUUCAAUUAGAUUAGCUUAGAUAACCUGGUGUCAAAUUACAAAGAAGAAGUCAAAAUGAAGAAUAAUUUAAAAGAAGUUCAUAGCCAUAAUAAGCAUGGUUUUCAGUGUUGUUAUGCAAAAUACAACUAAGACCACUAAACAGUUAAGGUUAUAAAAACAUGUGAGAAUGAAAUUUGUCGGUAAAAGGUA